UCGGUUUACUAGACAGCUCCGUCGCGUCGAUUCUGCACCGUGUCCGUGUCGACAUCACCCAGGAUUAAGUGAUAAGUGCGUCGCGAACUCGAAAGUGUUAUCAUAACCCUUUUGUUUACAUUCAGUGUUCCUCUGUGUUCUGUGCGCGGAAAUAUUUUUCAAAAUGAAAGCUGUGGCGAUAAGUGCAAGUGAAAGCAGUGGAGUGAUCAACGGUCGCGUCCACAAACCGAGGCGGGACCUGGAAAACGAAGAGAUCCAGAUGUACCUGUCCAAACUGAAGGAGCUCGUUCCCUUCAUGCCGAAGAACCGACGGUUGUCCAAGUUGGAGGUCAUCCAGAACGUCAUCGAAUACAUCUGCGACCUCCAGAACGCCCUGGAAAACCACCCCAACAUGACGUCCGAGAUGGUCCAGUCGGCGGCCGCUGUGGCUCUGUCACCUGUAACCACCAACACCAGGACGAGCUCUGCGAAUAGGCAACCUCUAGGCGUUCUGGCUCCAAAUGCCAUCGUCUCCAACACAUGUUCCUCAGUAGAUCAAACGAAUGCACCCGUGUCUCAUCCCUUAGAAAAAACCUCAACGCCAAGUGAGAGGCACGUCUCUUGUUAAAUUUUCCUGGAUACUAAUCAAAGUCAUCUAAAACCAAGACAAGCUCCUGGAACAGUCUAGAGCCCCGUCGUUUUUUGGAACAUCGCAACCAUGAACCAGCUCUCUGUGAUGGUAUAUAUCCACCUACGAUCGUUUUCUUCGUGCCGACAUCUUUGCGAACAAUAUUCAAACAGUUUCUUUUGAUACAUGUAGCAUUCACAUAAUUUUACCGCGCGCACAUGACAUUGUAAAAUCGUGCGUUGAAAAAGUAGAAAUUGAAAAAUUUCCUUCGCCAAGAAAUUUUAAAAUUGUUUCCCAUGUAUUUUAGUCCUUCCAUCAAUACUUUAAUUUUUCGUUUAUCGAUUUUUUUCCUAUAAAAAUUAUUGAAUCGGAUUUCAUGUCAUCGUAACAUUUAAAGCCGAGGUAGCUCAAAUAGCGUUUUUUCGAAUCCUAUUCAUAAGUGCAUUUUUCACAGAGCAUUUAUCGUGUGAAUCUUUCAUAAUUUAAUUUCUGAGCGCAUGAGCGUUAUUAUUUUUUUUUUAAAUGACACCAAUUAUUGAUAUUCCAUUUUCCAAAAAAGAACAUUGUAAUGAGUAAAUUUAAAUCCGCAGAAGUAUUUCGAGGAAAUAAAUUUAAAUAAUGCCAUGACGACAAAAUGAAUUCGUUCUGAGACAGCUUGGUUUUUGACUGAAAAUGAAUUUUGUUUUAGUAUCUAGUUCAUUAACUUAUUAUUUCUGUCUGUGAUGUUUUGUUGUUUUGUAAUUUUCUUUUUCUUUUUUUUAUAAUUUUCAUUUUCUAGAGUUCCCUUUCUAUAUUGUAAAUAUUUUGAGAACAAUUGCUGAAACCAUUUAUGAAUGGUGGAAACUUUAAGACUAAAAUCACUCUUCCAUCUAAAUCCAGUUUAAAUUGACCCUUUAAUGUAAUCAAUAGACGUAGCUUGAAUUUCAUUGAACUUUUUAUCCUUUUCACUUGAAUCUUUCAAGUGGAAGUUUCCUAAUGUCAUAUCCCACCAAAUCAUCAACUUCCCUACCUCAUUUCAUAUUUUGAGAAUUCCCCUCUGCAGUAGGUGACUCAUUACAUUCAUUCAGAGGAAUAAACUGGAUUUAUUAAUUUGUUCCAUCUUGUAAGUCUUAAAAUGUUCCAUUUCGCAUUGUAAUUUGGAUUCUUACAAAUUUAUUGUUAUUGUUGUUGUACAUUUAGAACAUAUAUUAAAGUGUAAAUACGUCUAUGCUAGAUUUAUUUUUAUGUUUUUUAGUUUAAAAAUAUUAUCUGAAUAAUUUAUUCCUCACAAAGCCGACGAUGAUCAAAAUAACGAAGUUAUUACGUUCUGCAUUCUGUUACUUUUUAUUUUAGUUCAUAUUCUAUCUCUCUGAAAGCUGAUGUCUGUUGCAGACAUUGGCAAUCUUAUUCAAAAUUUUUACACCUCAUUUAUUCAGAUGUAUUUCAUUUCCAUUUUGUACAAUUGUCACUUGAAAAAACUCAAUUUCAAAUUGAAUUUUUUUUAAAAAAAAUAAAGAAACCAAAAUACCAUUUGA